CACCAGCAACCCUGUCCUCAUGCUUGGCAAAACCCUCCACCCUCACCUGGCUCACCCUAGCUUUGACCUCUUUUGGCCGAGGCUCUCCUUUCUGUUGCAACCUCUUUUCCCUGUCACCACUAUCAAAUUUCUAUCCUCACCACCUAUCAUCCUUCCUUCCCAUUCCAGACCCUUUCCCUCGCCUUGCCACUAUCCUCCAGCCUUUCUUUAACCAAUAUCCUUACCUCCAGUCCCCCUUCCUAGCUGAGCUUCUUACCGAUUCCCCUCUUAAUCUCACUUCAUUCCUCACAGAUUACAGCCCUUCCCCUGAACCCAACCUCCCGUCAAACCCUCAGCCCAACCAGCCCGAUCACCUGUCUUCCCCUGACCCAAAUCCUUGCUCUGGUAACUCGCCUCCCGCCAUGGAUGAUAACCCACUGGCAAUUUUGGAGUACCAACCGAUUGGGCAAGAGUACCUUCAAGACUGGCAGGAAGAGCAAGACUUAUACCGCCUUAUUGAUAAAAGCCUGACUUUCUGCCAUUUUCUCAAUCUCUCGACCAAGGGCCAGGAGAAUGAAGCUAACAGUCAAAUUAGAGAAUUAGCAACCAAGACAAAAAGACGGAGGAAACGAGUGCCCAGGACUAAACUUCAGAUGGAGGUGCAUCUCCUGGGGCCCCAAGAAGAUUCCCCUUCAACGCUGAGAAUAAGGAAGAAUUCAAGUCGUGUGGGAGAUUGUCUGAGUUCAUCAAGGUUUGUUGUUAAGUCCACAUCAUCAUGAUGAAUCAAUCACUCAUAGCAUGGAACGUUCGGGGCCUAGGCGUCCCCGAUAAGAGGGCAAGAGUUAAAGGGAUUUUAAGGAGGUCUUGUGCUACGAUUGUGGCACUAACGGAAACAAAAUGGAAUGUUUACUCUCGACAGUUGAUCGCCUCAGUUGGUGGAAGUAGAUCAGCAAAAUGGAUGGCAAAAGAUGUUGUUAAUUCCAAGGGCGGAAUAGCAAUCUUCUGGGAGGAGGCGGAUUUUGAGCUGCUAGAUACUUGGGAAGGAAAAUUUUCCCUUGCUAUUAGGCUCAAACCUGCAGGAGUUAAUGAUAUCUUCGCAGUGAUGGUUGUGUAUGGACCGCAGAAGAAGGAUGGCAAGUUAGCCUUUAUCAAUGAAUAAAACAUGGUCUGUCAAAGAUAUACUGCUCCUUUGUGCAUAAUUGGCGACUUCAAUCUGGUCCGAUCAGAUGAAGACUUCAGAGGCUGGCCUAGGAAUAAUGAGGUAAUGGCUGAGUUUAACAGCUUCAUGAACUCAAACAGUAUGAUCGAUUUGCCUUUGAAAGGGGCCUUAUUUAUUUGGAGUAACGGCGGAACAAAUGCCUCUUUUUCCCGCAUCGAUAGAGCAUUAAUCAACCCCAAAUUUGGAGAGGCUUUCUCACCCGGUCCCCUCUUAGCUCUCGAAAGGGUAGAAUCGGAUCACAACCCGAUCCUACUACGAUGGGGGAACAUUGAUAGAAUUGUCCGCCCCUAGAAGUUCGAAAAUAUGUGGCUCAAAGAUCAGAACUUCCUUCAGCAGCUGAUUGGCUGGUGGAGCGUCCCGAUAAAUGGAUCAGGGUAUUUGUUCAGGAUCGGACAAAGGAUGAGGAAUGUGAAAUUCCUUAUUAAAGAAUGGAAUGUUGAGUGUUUCGAGAAAGUUGAAAGGAAGAUUGCAGAACUGUUAAGGAAGAUAAAAGUUAUUGAUGGUUUGGAAGAACAUGGGCCUAUAACAGAGGCUGCCAAUUUAGAGAGAAGAAUGCUGAAAUGUGAGUUGGAUAGAGUCCUUUUGAUGGAAGAAAUCUCCUGGCGGCAAAAAUCUCGCACUCUGUGGCUUAAAGUGGGAGAUAAAAAUACUGAUUUUUUCCACCGAAUGGCAAAGAAUAACAGAAGAAGAAAUAUUGUGAGGAAUCAGAAGGUGGAAGGAAGAAUAAUCGAUGAUAAAGAUCAGCUGAAACAAGCCUUUGUGACACACUUCGUUGAUCGGUUCAGAGAAGAUAACAAGAACAGACCUUUCCCGGAAAGAGUUCAAAGUAGGUUUGUUCGGUGUGGAAGAAAAUCAGCAGCUCACAUCUCCUUUUACUGAAGCGGAGAUUUGGAAAGCGAUCUGUUCUUGUAAUGGUGACAAGGCACCGGGGCCGGAUGGCUUCACACUUGCUUUUUUCAAAAAAUCAUGGAGUAUCAUCAAGAAAGACGUAGUAAAAGCCCUUGAUGAGUUCCACUUAACUGGAGUUCUUCCACACUCAAUUGUGCACUCGUUCCUAUGCAUGAUACCUGUUGAUAUGACUUGAAUCGGAUUAUCAGCCGCUACGACUGGUAAUCAGGGGUCUCGCUGCCCGGUCAGCGAGUGGGGUUCAGGGGCAACGCCCCGGUGGGGGUGCGGGGGCAACGCCCCCGGCCCACGGUGUAUGGGCUCAAUGUUAUUUGGGUUCGGGUUCUGGGCCUGGUCUGUAACCGUUUCCUUUGCCAGAUUGGAUUAGGUUUAGACCCACAUGGAGAAGUACUAUAAAUACUUCUCAUACUC